AUGCUCAUGACCGACUCGUCGUUCAAGGACUCGCUCGACGCCAACGUCAAGCUCUUCCGCUCGUCGAUGACCGACCUCGGCUUUACCAUUGCCGGCAAGGACCACCCGAUCGCGCCUGUCAUGCUCGGCGACGCCAAGCUCGCCGCCACCUUUGCCGACAAGAUGCACGAGCGCGGCGUCUACGUUGUCGCCUUCUCCUACCCGGUCGUCCCGCAGGGCAAGGCCCGCAUCCGGGUCCAGAUCUCGGCCGCCCACUCGACGGACCAGAUCAACCACGCCAUCAACGCCUUUGCCGACGUCGGGCGCGAGCUCGGCGUCAUUGCCUAG